UGGAAUGCAGUUUGCUCCUGGGCGCAUGAAGUCAACCACAGACUUUGGUCUAUAGGUGGGCAACAAGAUGUGGAGAACCUACAAAAAAAUAAAGUUUCUUGUUAAUGAAGGAAGCAGAUGAAUAAGAAAUUGCUUACAAUGAAAAUUAGGGACUACAUUGUUCCACAGUAGUAGGAUUUGCAGACCCUGUUAGCUAAAGCUUUAAACAUUUUUGGGCUAAUUUUUCUUUUCCUCCUGUUAGAUGAAGAAACAACUCUUCUGCACAUGUUUGCUCAUUCAUGGCUUCCUCCCACUGUUUGUCACUGGAUAUCCAAUUGGCUUUGUGGGAAACGCCUGUGGUAGCAUGAUGCCAAUCCACAACGCUUCAGCCCAAAGCUUAUCUGCCCCCUAUGCUGUCACAGCGAGCCAAGCUAAUUUCAACCAAGGCAAUCAAAUUACAGUGACUCUUCAAGCAAUAUCUGGAAUUUUUGAAGGAUUCCUGCUUGAGGCCUGUCAAAUUAAUGGAAACACCAUUGUUGGAACUUUCACCUUACAAAACUCAACAAUCAGUCAGACUCUGCAAUGCAGUGGAGCAGUAAGUUCUAUUAGUCACACAUUUGAUAUUCUAAAGUCACAGGUCAAGGCUAUAUGGACAGCUCCAAAUACACCCAAUUUAGGAAACGUUGAGUUCAGGGUCACUUUUGUUCAGAACUUCACUGUUUUUUGGGUGAAUGUUAAAAGUUCUGUUUUGCCGAGUGUUUUUUCCAAGGCUUCAACAACGGUGCCAAAUACUGUGCUAUUACUGUCAGUUCUCACAGCUGCCAUCACCCAAGUAUUUCAUUUUGAAUCACAUUAAAAAGCAACACAUGAAUUCUAUCAGACCAAGAUGAAAUAAUGCAGUGUAUGGUAAUUCUGAAUAUAC